AUGGCGACUGUCCGCUCUCUCGGCCUCCACGUCCCCUCCGCCCUCCCGUUCCUGAUCGCAGAGAACCUCCUACCCCCCGAUCCUUCUGACGACCAGUUUGCCUGGAAGACUUGUGUCGACGAAACGCCAAAUGGCACUGUUGCGGACGAGAUUGUCUGGACAAAAGAGUGCGUCGUGUGGUCACGAGCCGGGAUUGUGACGAGGGUAUUUCGAUUGGAUCUGGAGAAGGAAGAGAUACGACAUGCUUUGAUAACACACUUUGCGCCAGAGAAGGCAAAGAAGUCCGACGCGAAUGGCAAUGAUACAUGGGGAUCUCCGACAGGAGCACAGCGGGGACCGGAACCGAAGCUGGCUGCUUCUGGGUUGACACUGGGUCUACGAGAUGGAGAGAUACAGGGGACAAGCGGUUCUGGCUCGACGAAUGGGCUGUCUAGAGCUCUGGUGGUGGUGCUCAAGUCUCAGGCGCACAUCUUCUUUCUUACUGGCAACAGCCAUGUCAUCCCAUUGCCCUUCGAAGUCGACUCGGUGUUUGCUACUCCCAGAGGCCUUCUAUUUCAAAGGAAGGUCCAGGAAGAGGAUAUCAGCUCCACAAUAUACCCAAUGGCGCCUCCCAAUUCUUUUAUAUCUCGACCGGGUACGGCGUCUCAGUCUCAAACCAAUCAGCCGUCAUUAACGGUUUCCCCUCUCCAGCCCUCUCUGAAACCAAAGAAGAGUAAACAUGCCAACCUUCCUAGGGUCUUUUCCCUGAUGGAUCCUCAUUCCGAAAUGGGACUGGUUGUCACCAGCCAGUCUUCUCGUUGGUUGCAAAGCAGCACCAGUAGCAAACCUUCUGGAUUAGAUGUUCUGGAUCCAGCAGAUGAAAUAGUAUAUGUCUCUCCAACAAACGAGCUGUCAGGCUCUAGUCAAGCAUUAACCAAGGGGCCCCUCAUACUUGUCGUGACAGUCAAUUCGCAUACGGGUCUGUAUACCAUCUGGACCGCACGCUAUGGAGAUGAAGAGAACGCAACAUCGUCUUCGUCGAAGAAACGAGAAAGACGUGAGACGGGAGGCACCCGCUCUCGACGACGAAGCUCCCAUUUUGGAAUGGCCACUGGAGCGACAACCCCCGUGGCCCGUCCAUCUACUGCUCGGGAAAGCUUUGGCCCUCGAGAGAGCUGGAACACUCCCGGGCUAUCACACUCGCAGUAUUCUACCGAUGGGAGACCGGACGAGGAGGAUCUCGCAUCUCGCUUGGGUCAAGAUUUGGGUGACCUCGGGGUUCCGUCCAAAAACUCACGACGGGUGAGCUCUUUGCUUGCACGCGCAGACUUGGCGACCAACCAAGAUAGAAUCGCGUUUUCAGACCUUGCGACAGGAAGCCAGUCCACCACUGUGUCUCAUGGAGGGCUGCGGCAGUCUAUAAGCGGCGCCAGCACCCGUGGAAGCUUUGGAUUCAACCCUCGCGGAUCUCUGCCACCGGGAAGUGCUUCUAUUUACAGCACCACAAGCAGCGCUGCUGACGGUCCGGUUGAUAGGCUCCUGGAGGAGUUGAACAAUGAUAGCCUUUAUGAGGGAUUUGAGAGCAUGGACCUUAAGGGAGCUGCGUCGGGUCUCCCGGAGGAAGUACUGCUUAACAAAAUCGAGAGCUUUCCUAUGAAGUUCUCGGGCAAUUUCCAGGCAAACACCAAAUCCAAGUCUCGACGGCUGAAGAUCUCUACCAUGACGCCCUCUGCUUGUGGUCAUUCACAGAAUGGGCUCACAGCUGUCUUGGCUAUUUGUGUCGUUGAUCAAGAUGCAAAAUCCAUGGCGAUUGUCAACCUAAGGGCCGACCGAAUUGCGUUCCCGAAAAAGGAUCGAGUUAUUUCCAAAAAGACGAAGAAGAAUGUGUCCCCGGAUGAACGCUCCUUGCUCGUCCAGGCGACUGGUGUACAUCAUUAUUCCAACGUAUUGGAUGCCUGCAAGGUUGUGGACGGAGAAGUCUCGCGGUUUGCGAUAUUGAGCGUCGCAGACCAAGGGGAGCACGAAAUAUCUUUGCAGUCUCCGUGGUGCAGUCCAAUGACGGUCGAGGUUCCCAGGAGACUCAUGCUCUACGAUCCAUACGGUGUAUCCACAAGUACCCCGAUGAACAGGCCUCGUGAGAGUGGUUUGCACCGGCUCAUGACGGACUCGUCUGUUACAGUUACAGGACUGGAUCACCCAUCUGUCCGUGGCCGAAUCGACGUGAUUGAUGACAUGAAGCGGAAGCACAGCCUGCAAAUUCAAAUGGAACCUAGUAACGAGGUCGUCAGGCGUAUCAUAAGAGUCUGUAGGUUCGUUUUGCGCGAUACGGAAAAGGCUGGAGAAGGAAUCUUGAUCGGAUGGUGGAAGGUCAUGAAAUGGCUUCGCGCCAGGGAGACAAACGAAAACGAUUUGGAAUGGACAGCCAUGGUAAUUGUUCUGUUCUCGAUGGCUAUUCCAUUCAUCAGCGGCCACACGCCACAAACCCCAGUUAAAACUCGCAGGCGAAGGGGCCUUCCCAGAUCAAGCAGUGGAAGCUACGCCGACUUGGAGAGUUGGGAGGCGAUGCUGGACCAAGAGUCAGGCUCUGCUGGUGUGGUCGCGCCAUGGAUGAACAACAGCGCAUGGGGAUGGAUCGUCGAGCAGGAUGCUGAAGAAGAGGACCACAGCAGUGCACCGUUAACGCGUGGACGGAGAACAUCCACCAUGGAUCAGUUGAACUCCAGCCGGUCUACAUUCCGCAAAAACUCCUACUUGCUUCGAUGUGCCGCUUUGACCCGCGAGUUCUUGCAAACUCCUCAAGGGACCGAGGCUUCAGGACCGGAAGGCUAUCUUCCAACCGCAGAGUCUUACAAUGAGAACUCUCGCCGGACCGCCUUGUGUACGGUGUUUGUGGGCUUACAUAUUCUACGGGAAGAGCAAAAGCUGUCUAUUUGCGAGACAGAGCAAUCUCGUAGGACCCUAGGUCUACUCGCUCCGGUGCUGGCACAGAUCGGGCGAUACCUGGGUUGGAAGGCGUGGACAUGGACCGAAGAUUCUUACUUUGGUUGCGAAAUUGCGAGUAUCGAUCGCUGGCAAUUCGAGGAUGCUGAGAUUUCUACACUCAACGUUCCCUCUGAGCCAUUUGCACCUCCCUCGAUCUUCGCAUACAUGGAGAACGCGUGGCGCCAACGGUCGACGCCGUUCCUUUCACUCCUCGAUCUUAUCAGUGCUUCGGAUAGAUCUUCGAAGAAGGGCAAGUUGUGGCAAGAGUGUUUUACUUUGACACCCAGAAUGCUGGCGUUGAAUGGGUUCCUCUCCGAAGUGCACCGCUGCUCAACAACACUGGAUAAGGUCAAACUCCUGCAUCGUUGGGGCUUGACGAGGAGUGUCAUUGAGACCUUCCCGGAGGGAGUGAGUGCACCGUUGUACGAGGCAAUCAUGCAAUCCCAGGUCCGCGCGUCGACUUCAUGGAAUGCGGCACUCUUGGAACUUAUUGAUCGGGAAGACUUGAACAUGUCAAUGAAUACCGAUAAUUCUCGCCCAUUCUCGACAGCACCGCAACCAGCAGUGUUGCACGAAGCGGUGCGCGAUUUCCAUAAUGUCGGCAACUCGGCGAUGGAUAUUGAUACAAUCAAUUCUUUCGAAGUUUCGGCAGAAGCAGAUCGGUUCUCUGUGACGCGGCUGAUAUUCCGAGAAGACAAGCGUUUUGUGGAAGCCGCCAGGGUGCUGAAUCAAUCGAAACCACCUGCGGCAGAGUGUGUACCGGAACCAACAUGGACGGACUCGGAUCUGCUCGAGGCGCAGAAGGAAGUCGUGCAGUUGGUAACGCUACGGACGUUAUCUAUUCCUGCUGGAAGAGCCAUGUUGGCCUUUAGUGGUCGGUUACCAUUGUUGACUGAAAAGCUACCGAUUCCGUCGUUUUCGUUGCAGUGUGUGAUGAAGCCUUCUAAUGUGACCAUCAGUGCAGACCGGGCCUCAUUCAGCGAGGAAAAGGUGUGUUGGGCGUUUUUCCACAAUGGUGUGUCGACAGGUCUGGCGAUUUCGAAAGCGUCUAAAGGGAUUGAUACCUCGUGGAUUCUGUUCAAUAAGCCGCAGGACUUGACGAACCGACACGCAGGCUUCCUGUUGGCCCUGGGUCUGAAUGGGCAUCUCAAGUCGCUGGCGAAGUGGGUUGCAUUCAAAUAUUUGACACCGAAGCAUACCAUGACAUCCAUUGGACUUCUACUGGGUCUCUCCGCGUCGUAUCUGGGCACGAUGGACACCCUGAUCACGCGUCUACUUUCUGUGCAUGUAACGCGCAUGUUGCCUCUUGGAGCAGCGGAACUCAACCUGUCACCGUUGACACAGACUGCUGGUAUUAUGGGCAUUGGUCUGCUCUACUGUAACUCGCAGCACCGGAGAAUGAGCGAGGUCAUGCUGUCGGAGAUUGAAAACUCGGAACAAGAAGAUAGUUCUUCGACAUCGCACGAAGACUUGCGAGACGAAGGAUAUCGACUUGCUGCCGGUUUCGCGCUUGGAUUUAUCAACCUUGGCAAGGGCAAAGAUCUCCGGGGCAUGCGAGACAUGCAUAUCGUGGAACGGUUGCUGGCUAUCGCGGUGGGAACCAAGAACGUUGACCUGGCGCACGUCUUGGACCGGGCUACUGCUGGGGCGACGAUUGCGUUGACCAUCAUUUUCAUGAAGACAAACGAUGUAUUUCUGGCGCAGAAGAUCGAUAUUCCUGAUACGACGGUGCGCUUCGACUAUGUGCGGCCUGAUUUGUUCCUGCUUCGAACGUUGGCGAGACAUUUGAUCAUGUGGGACAGCAUCCAGGCCAGUGAAGAAUGGAUUAUCGAGAGCCUUCCAAAGAUCUAUCGCCGACGUUAUCGGCUGACCGGCGUUCGUCGCCUCAAGAGUGACGAUAUGCCGUUCUUCAAUAUCAUCGCAGGUCUUUGCUUCACGCUGGGUCUUCGAUAUGCCGGCACCGCGCAGACGCACGUGCGUGACCUUCUGGUUUCAUAUCUGGACCAGUUUAUGCGGAUUUGCCGACUGCCUGCGAUGAACUACGAUGGAAGGCUCACUCGGAACUCGAUCCGGAACUGUCAGGAUAUCGUCGCGCUUUCUGCGGCCACUGUGAUGGCAGGAACCGGGGACCUGGUACUGUUCCGACGGCUGCGUUCGCUCCACGGCCGCGUGGACCCAGAUACCCCGUAUGGUAGUCAUAUGGCGGCACACAUGGCCGUUGGCAUGCUCUUCCUGGGUGGUGGCAGUUACACGCUGGGCACUUCGGACUUAGCAAUUGCCUCACUCCUCUGCUCGUUCUACCCAGUCUUCCCGACCACAGUGCUAGACAACAAAUGCCACCUCCAAGCAUUCCGACACCUAUGGGUUCUAGCAGCAGAACCACGCUGUCUAAUCCCUCGGGACAUCGACACCCGCCGACCUAUCUCGAUCCCCAUCACAAUCAGCACCAAGACCAACGGCCGACGCAAGCUAACAGCCCCCUGCCUCCUCCCCGACCUAUCCGAGGUCAGCAAAGUUGAAGUCCGAAGCACAGACUACUGGCCCCUAGUCCUAGACUUCGGCCCCAACCAAGGCCUCCGCGAGAAAUUCCGCCAGGGCGACCAAUCAGUCUACCUCCGCCGCAAGACAACAUACAACCCCACGGGCUCCUCAGUCUUCGUAUCAACCUUCACCGGCCUCAGCGAAACACAAGACAAACCCUCCUCCACCACGAAUCCCGCCUCAACAGUCACACUCGCAAAUAACCAAAUGACUCUCGCCCCGCUCUCCCUCUCCAUGGACUCGCAAACCGGAAAACCAUCCACCCCCUCUGCAAAGAGCCUCUGGGACUGGAUCUUCCACCUCCCCUGCCUCCGCGGCCUGGACAUCCGCGAACGCUCGCUCGUCAUGCCCUCCUCCUUCCCGACAAUGUCCGGUAGCCGGAAGAACACACUAUCCAGCAACGCCCCCUGGCUCCGCAUGUCCGCCGUAGACACCAAGUUAGUCCUCGAGCACAACGUAUCGAACAUGGUGAAGGCAGCGAUAAGCGCAAGGGGCGCGGGACCCGAUGAAGUUCGUGAUCGGCUGUGGCAGUUACGGUUGUUGUUUGGGUGGGUUGAUGCGCAGGUGGAGAGGGCUAUUGUUGAUGUUGAUGAUGACGGAGAUGAUACGGAGGUUGAAGACGAUGGGAUUGAUGGGGAUAAGGAUAGUCAGAUGGUGGGAAGUGAGAUUACGGCUUCGAGUAAACGAGGACGCGGAGGGGAAGGGAAUGGGUUGUGGUUGAGGAAGGAGUUUAUUGAGGAGGUUCGGUGGAAGAUUUGGGGGGUGCAGGUUGGGGAGGAUGGUCAUAUUUAA